AUAUUUCGAUCCCAAUUUUCUUUGGUUUAAUACGAAAAAAGUUCAUGCCAAACCCCAUGGCAUAACAAUUCUACCUAGAAAACUAGCCGCUACAUAGCACCAAAUUACGCCGAGCAAUUCUCGUUCAUUCCUCUCAAUUUUAAAACUACGCAUUCUUCAAUCAAAAGCCCAUUUGUUUGUCCCCAUGAUCAAGUUCAUUAUCUUCAUUGCCCCCAUUGGAGCUUCGACCACCCUGCUCUGAAGUCAGCUUAAGAGUUUGCAUCGAAGGUUGCAGCGUUCAAAAGAAUACAUUAGUAGAACAUUGAAAUCUGAGUAAGUAAAUGGUGCCUCGUAUUCUCAUUAUAACUAGAGUAUUUGCGUCCUUCACACACUGCAGAAGCACCCAAUUCCAAUUGGGUUCUCUGCAGCAACACAAACACCAUGCUUCUCUUUUUAUGUUCAACACAUUCACUUCUGCUGAGGACAGCCACAAAGGUGACACCUUUACUGUGUCUUACCUCAGCAACUCGUGUGGGUUGUCCCUGGAAUUGGCCAGGAAACUCUCCAAGAGGGUGAAUUUGAAAACCCCAAAUGGUCCAAAUGCUGUUCUUGACACUCUCAAGAACUAUGGAUUCUCCAAGUAUCAGGUUGCAAAACUUGUUGAGAAAAAUCCCAGGUUGCUUGUAGCAAGUGUGGAGAAGACCCUCUUGCCCAAACUCAAGUUCUUCAACUCUAUUGGUGUUUCCAACACUGUCAUCCAUAAGAUAGCGCAUGAAAACCCCUUAAUCUUGCUAAGGAGCCUGGGAAAAUGCCUUGUGCCACGGUACGAGAUUAUCAGGAGUGUAGUUCGUGAUGAUCUGGAAGUUGUUAGAGUUUUGAAAAAUGCCCCACUUGGUUUCACAUAUUGUGACCUAUUGAAUGACUUGGUACCUAACAUCGGGAUCCUGAGGCAGUAUGGUGUGCCUCAGGGCUCAAUCUCUCUGCUGAUGGUCAACUUCCCCUCUGCAGCAAUGGUGAAGCAUUCAAGAUUUGUGGAAGUUGUCGAGAGAGUUAAGAAAUUUGGGUUUGAUCAUAAGAAAACAACUUUUGUCAUGGCUAUCCAAGUGCUUUUAACGAUGCGUAAAGGGGCAUGGGAAUCCAGAUUUGAGAUUUAUGAGAAGUGGGGCUGGAACUGGGAAAUGACUCUUCAAGCGUUUGUGAAGUUUCCGAAUUUUAUGAAGUUGUCGGAGGAAACCAUUACGAAGAAAAUGACUUUCCUAGUGAAGGAUAUGGGUUUGUCAUCAUUAGAUAUUGCUGCAUGUCCUCCUGUUCUGGCCUACAACUUGGAGAAGAGGAUUAUCCCUAGAUUCUCGGAACAUUUGCCUUUAUUACCAGAUGUCUACAACGGAUUAAUUCAUCAUGAUGAUGUUAAGUAAUCUUUGAAGGUUUAUGCAGGCUGUUUUCCUAACUUUUGACUCCUCUAUUUCAACGCUGGAGUGAACUUAUGCUCUGUCUGCUUUUGCUUUUUGAGUCGAUAUUAUUGUGAAUUUAUUUUCACUUAACUGUAGGGUUUUGGUCAUAUUUACAGCAUAUAGAUUUUAUAAUCAAAUAUAUAAAUCUACAUACUUUGUGAUAUUCAAUUUAAUUUCUUGAUUGUGAAUCUGUUUUUCAAUUUCAAUCAAAUCAAAUUGCAUUUAGUUGUGGUACUUUUACAGUUCUUUUAAUAAAUGAUUUCUGUUUAGUUGUCUUAAAAGCCCUAGCUUUUGAUUCCAUUGAACUUGAAAUUGUCACUAUAUCUUGUUAGUGCAUAUUGCAUACCGUUAUAUGAAGUCAUGGAUUCAUAUAGUUUUGAACUUUUCUCAUCUUCUGUUUAUCUUUGCUUUUAAGGAUUAUAAGUUAUGGCAAAUUACAAAAUGAUGUUAGUAGUCAAAGUAUUGUUUCUUUAAUGAAGAUAUCUAAUAAUGAUGUUCUCAUGGGUUGAGUAGCAUUGAAUAUUGUUAGGAAAGACUAGGUUUUGUGCUUUCUCGCAUUGAAUUGAACAUUGUCCUUACAGCCAAAAGAUAUAGCAGAUUUUUAGGGUACAACUUUGUUUUCUUAAUAAUGUGUUUGGAUAAAGAAAUUUAGGAGGUUGAUUCAUUUUUUAGAGAAUUUAAAUUUUUUUAUAACAUCAUAUUUGUUAGUAAAGAAAUUGAAAUUUUAGAAUAUUAUGAGUAAUUGGGAUACUCAAGAUUAGAGAAUUUCAAAUUCUACUUAGAAGUUAAGAAUCUGAAAUUCUUUAUAUCUUCUAAUUUAUGUCAUUCUUUUUCGUAUUUUCUCUUCAAUGCGAUUUUUGAUUGAGCUCUUGUCGACUUGACUAAGACCAGGACAUGAUUGGAUUGGUUGAUGUUUGAGUGUUAUAAUCUCAACAAAUUUUGUGUAAAUGUUGAUGAAAUUUCAGACUUGAUUAAGACCGUAUCUAUUUUUCCGACUAAUGGCAUGCAUAUGCAAGGGGAUUACUCCUUGAGAUUUUGAGCUCAAUUUUGCUAAUUUCAUAUUUUGAUGCCAUGGUUUAUACAAUAUGUUGAUUAUGGCAUGUUUUAUGAUUUAUAUAUGAAGAAAUGCUGGUAACGUAAUGUUAUAAAUAGUUAAAUAUGAUAGGCUUGAUGUUGUGUUGUGACUAGGGCACCCAUUAAGACCUUUUUUGCUUCAUUAGUUUAAAUUAAAACAUUUGAGAUUAAACAAGUCACAGAAAAACGAGGAGUAUCAUAGACAAAACUUAAAUAUUUACGAUUAUGUAUACUAUUUUUAAUUGAGCAUGUUGCAGGUUUCUGAAAUUAUCGGUAUUGGAGUGAUGAGGUAUUUUGGGAAUGGAAAUGCAUUACCCUGAAGAAGGAAUCUUUCUCGCCAGGAAGAACACAGAGUUGAAAAGAAAAUGUUCAUAUUGGAGAGUUGUAAUCCUGUUUGUACUCCUUUUGUAGUAAAUGAAAAGUUUUCGAGAAUGAUGGUGAUGGGAAAACUAAUGUAACUCAGUAUGAAAGUUAGUUGGCUGUUUGUUUCACUUGACUGCUACUAUACCAGAGUUCAUGUACUCGUCAAGUUUGACACUUUGGUAUAGAUAAAAGAGUGUUGAGACAUUUAAAAGGAAUUAUUAGUUUUAGAGUAUUUGGUACUGUAAUGGAAAUGGAAAUCUUGGAAGUUCUGUCGAUAGUGAUUGGAAUGGUUCUAUUGAUCUAAAGAAGACUGCUGGGAAUUCUCUUAACUUGACAGUUGAGUGUGGAAUGGAUGUAAGAACAAGAUUUUGUGAUUGAUCUUCUGGUACUUAGAAAAUUUGAAUA